GGGCGCGGGAGCCCAGCGCCGCCGCGAGCCGCGCAGGACGCUCCCGAUGCCGGCCGCCAGGGGGCGCGGCCGGAGCCGGCGCGGCGGAGCCCGAGGAGGGAGGAGGGGAGCCGGCGGAGAAGGGUCAGCCGCGGCGGCAGGGGCGGCAGCGGCGCAGCUCCGCUCCCCGAGCGUCUCCCGUCCCGGCGCCCCAGGAGGGCGCGCGGCUCCCGCCGCAGGGAUGCUGCCGCCCGCCCGCCGCGGCCGCCGCCUCGCGCUCCCGGCGCUGCUCUCGCUCCUCACCUGCUCGCUGGCUUUUGCUUUGGUUUCUGAAGAUACAAAGGAAGAGGUCAAGCAAUCUAAGAAUUUGGAGAAGAGUGGUGUCUCAAGGAAAAGUGACAUAGAUUUAAAAGGAAUUGUAUUUGUCAUCCAGAGUCAAAGUAAUUCUUUUCAUGCAAAGAGAGCGGAACAGUUAAAAAAAAGCAUCUUAAAGCAAGCAACAAAUCUCACACAGGAACUCCCUAGAGUCCUCCUUCUUCAUCAGCUGUCUAAGCAGGAAGGUGCAUGGACGAUACUUCCACUGUUACCACACUUUUCUGUAACAUAUAGCAGAAAUUCAUCAUGGAUUUUCUUCUGUGAAGAAGAAACAAGGAUACAAAUUCCAGAACUCUUAGAAACACUCAGAAGAUAUGACCCAUCAAAGGAAUGGUUUUUAGGAAAAGCAUUACAUGAUGAAGAAUCUACAAUAAUUCACCAUUAUGCCUUUUCUGAAAAUCCUACAAUUUUUAAAUAUCCAGACUUUGCUGCUGGCUGGGCCCUUAGUAUUCCACUUGUAAACAAGCUUACCAAGAGGUUAAAGAGUGAAUCCCUGAAAUCCGACUUUACAAUAGACUUAAAACAUGAGAUUGCCCUCUACAUCUGGGACAAAGGCGAUGGGCCUCCCCUCACUCCAGUGCCUGAGUUUUGUACAGAUGCUGUGGACUUCUACUGUGCUACCACCUUCCAUUCUUUUCUACCACUUUGUGGAAAUCCAGUGAAGAAAGAGAAUAUAUUUUUUGCAGUAAAAACGUGCAAGAAAUUUCAUGGUGAUAGAAUUCCCAUUGUAAAGCAGACCUGGGCGGGCCAGGCAAGUCUCAUUGAAUACUACAGUGAUCAUGCAGAAAGUUCCAUUCCUACAGUAGAUCUGGGGAUUCCCAAUACAGAUAGAGGUCACUGUGGAAAGACAUUUGCCAUUUUGGAAAAAUUUUUGAAUUACAGUCAUGACAAAAUAGCAUGGUUGGUCAUCGUGGAUGAUGAUACAUUAAUAAGCAUCUCCAGACUCCAGCACUUGCUUAGCUGUUACGACUCCAGUGAACCGGUGUUUCUGGGAGAGCGGUAUGGCUACGGCCUGGGCACUGGCGGCUACAGCUACAUCACGGGAGGAGGAGGAAUGGUCUUCAGCAGAGAAGCAAUCAGGAGACUUCUUGCCAGUAAAUGUCGCUGCUACAGCAAUGAUGCUCCCGACGAUAUGGUCCUAGGCAUGUGCUUUAGCGGGUUGGGAAUCCCUGUGACACACAGUCCUCUCUUCCAUCAGGCUCGGCCCGUGGAUUAUCCUAGGGACUACCUUUCUCACCAGGUUCCCAUAUCCUUUCACAAACACUGGAACAUUGAUCCAGUAAAAGUGUAUUUCACGUGGCUGGCACCCGGUGAGGAAGACAAAGCCAGGCAGGAGACACAGAAGGGCUUUAAGGAAGAGUUAUAAAGCGUGCUAGCCUGGGAGCACAGUUUGGGUCGGAGACUGGCAUCGUCCUGCUGAGCGGUGAGCAUACUGUUGCCACAUGCCACAUGGCAUUGGAAGCCUUUUGACUUUAGGUUGAAAUUACAUAUAUGGUAUUUUUUGAGGCGGGGGGCAGGGAACAGAGUCAUAGGGAAAACCCUGGGAUUUUUUUUUUCUGGGGGAAAAAAAGCAUUUGCUUUUGCAUUAUGCAAUUAUUGUUAAUAUACAAUGAUUACUGUGUAUUUUUUCAAGUUGUGGUAUAGCAGCUUUAUUACUGUCACAGAAAAAUAAAUGGUACCAGAAGUCUCCCUCCUAUUUUCUCUCUUCAUUAUAAAGUGUCAGAUGGGUAUGAGACUGGAAAGACAUGGCUGUAUUUAUAUAUGUGCUAGAUACAUAUAUGUGUGUGUAUAUAUAUAUAUAGUACAUAUAGAAUAUAUACUUUAUACAUAUAGUAUAUAUUCUAUACUUUAGAUAGAGGAGGCAACAUCUGUUGACAUGGAUAUUGCCAUGGUGUAAACUUUUUGACUGUAUUAUUGAUGAUGAAAAUUAUUUUCUGGUUAUUCAGUAGGAAUAAUGCUGUAGUAAAUAUCAUUCAUAAAACAUCAUAAAAGUCUAGAUAUGAAGUCCCCCAUAGUCUGUAAUCAAGGUUGUUAUGUUUUAUCUAUUGUUCUGUUUUUGCCUCAUAAAAAGAGAAUAAGAAGUCUUCUGUUAGAACUUUCUAUUUCUUUAGAGGUUCAUCUGUGUUCUAUUUCUCCCCAAAGCCCUAUCUUUAUGACCUCCUUGUAACACAAAAGUGUACUGGAUGCUGCCAGAAAAUAGUGUUUUCAAUAUUUAAAGACAAUGUUGUCAUGAUUUAUUCAAGUCAGUGAGCUCUGUGUAAGUCUCAGGAAGUGAAUUAAAUUAAUUUGUACCUGAUGUUUUACUCUUAUUUUUCCUUGAAUGUUACUUAAUGACUCCCUGCUGGCUCAUAAUAGACCCUCCAGUGUACCAUGAAACCCUCGUGGAAAGACAGCAUGGUGAUUUGGCAAUUACCCUGGUUCUUACAGAAUGAGAUUUGAACACAGUAUUUUUUAUUUUCAAAUCAUAUCUUUAAUAUAUAGUAAUUUAACACAUUAUUAAUUUGUAAAAAGUACUCUGAUGUUUUAAUUAUAGAAUUCUGUUUUUCUAAGAGUGUUUGCAUAAAAUUUGAUUUUCGUAUGUCUUAAACUAAUUUUGGUCUAGUAAAAUACUUUCCUUUUUUUAAAAAAAUAAAAAUUGCUAUUCGUUAACUUUGCUUAUAAGGCUCAUAAUUAUAGUGAAGCGCAGGGUUUUAAAGCCAUACCACCAAAAGUACCCAUGUGUGUUUUUUUUUAACAAUAUUUUUUUCUUGUAGCUUAGACUGGACUCAUUUCCAAAAUGAUGCAAUAGUAUUUUUACCAUUGUUCCAAAUUAGCAAAUACCAGGACUGGUGUGUUUUCAGUGGUACCUGAAUGCACUGGAUUUGUUUCUGUGAAAGUGGAUUUUUGUGGCCUGUGCAAGGAAUGGAUCGGAGAUGAUGAACUGGAUGUGAAGCACCCUAAGGAUUUAUAGAUCUAUCAAACUAUUGGUGGUGACAUCAGCAUUGUUGUCAUAGCUGGGCUGGUUGUCAUGGCUACUGUUGCAGAGGCCUCCGGGUCACCUGUGAUAAAAUCCCCCUGGAGGGCCUGGCUGCCUGAUCCAGUGGAGAAGAGGCUUUGGUUCUUCCUGCUCCUGCUCCUACUUGCCACACUCAGAAUACAGCAUAUUCGUUUGAUAGGACUGAACCAGCAUCUGUAUGUGAAGAGCCACGUCAAGUUUUCUUAUGAUCAGUGCCUUCUACUGAUACCGGAGCACCUCCUCUGGUACUUGUUGGUGUUUUGUUAAUUAUGUUUAGUUUCUGGAACUAUGUAAGCCUAACCACAAAUAAAAGGUCUUUGCCUAAGUUA